AAACGCCAAACUUACUCCUAAUGUAAACAAACAAAGUGCGAGUCUUCUUUCUUGAGUCUUAUCAAGCAAUGUUUCUGCAUUAUGCCCUCAAAAGAGUGAAACUUAGGAGUAUAUGCAUUGCUGUUUGUUUGAUAAGUUUAUUGUGUGUAUUUUAUCAGUUUAAAGCUUCCCAAUUAAUUGCUCAUGACCACUCAUUUCCAACCAAUUUGCCAAAUGAUUUUCCUUCGAGUGUUUCGUUAAGAGGUGUGCAUCCCAAUUCCCGAAACAAAUACCUACCAGAUAUCCAUGGUGCAUUCACUUGCCUCGAAAGCGGGGAUGUGAUUCCAUUCCACAAAGUAAAUGACGACUACUGUGACUGUAUUCAUGAUGGAAGUGAUGAGCCCGGGACAAACGCUUGUGGAUUGAAUCUUUUCUACUGCCCAGAAUCGGGUAAUAAAGGUAAAUUUAUCGUGGCGAGCAGAGUGAAUGAUGGGAUUUGUGAUUGCUGUGAUGGCUCAGAUGAAUACCUAGGGACAAAGCCUCCUAUGAUCAUAGCAGCCGAUGUUCAAAAGAAGUUAGGCCGUUAUCUAAGUCCCUGUAUUGAUAGAUGUUAGGUAAAUGAGUUUUAUAAAUAUGUUUUCAGAAUUGUUAUUUUAUUUUUUGUGAAAAAAAGUUUUUUAAUCUUUA